GUCGUCGAGGGCUUGAGCUAUUUUCCUCUUCUUCAAGUCCAUUUCGAGCUGAAAUGGCAGGCGGCAGAUGACGACACGCGCCGGACCCACGAGCAGCAGCAGCAUCGACUGCGGACCAGGGCAGCCAAUGCAGACGCGUCUUACGACAUCACAGAACACCUGAGACUCGUGGAUCCUGCUGGCCAUGAAUUCACGCUCUACUCGGACAUGAUUGGCACAACCGGAGAAACGCUUCCGCGGUGGUUGGGCUUCUGGCCUUAUGUGGUGUCGAGCAUCUUGGGUCUCAGCUGGCCCUACCGCUACUGGCUCGCCGAGCACGCUGUGAAAGGUGAUUUCAUCUUCGAGAAACGUGUCUGGUCGUCUGCAUGA